AAAAGCCAAAAGGUACUAGUAGAAGAAACGAAACAUCUUUGCUAGAAUCUGAUGUUGUUGGGCGAGAAGGUGAAAGAGAGAAGCUGAUCAACAAGUUGUUGCAGGAUGAGCCAUCUAAACAAAACUUCAUCAUCGUACCCAUCGUUGGUAUGGGUGGGGUGGGGAAGACCACUCUUGCUAGAAUAUUGUACAAUGAUACGCUAGUGAAGGAUCACUUUGAACUCAUGGCAUGGGUUUGCGUAUCUGAUGAGUUUGAUAUAUUUAAAAUAAGUCAAACCAUCUAUGAAUCUGUGGCUACAGAAAACAAGCAGUUUAAAGAUAUAAAUCAGCUUCAAAUUGCUCUUAAAGAGAAACUUGAGGGUAAACGAUUUCUAUUAGUGCUCGAUGAUGUGUGGAAUGAAAAGUAUGAAGAGUGGGAAAACCUAGUGCGUCCAUUUCAUUCUGGGGCUACUGGAAGUCGGGUGAUCAUGACAACUCGCAAGCAGCAACUGCUCAAAAAGAUAGGUUUUAAUCAUCUAGACCAUCUCGACCGUUUGUCGCAUGAAGAUGCUUUGUCUUUAUUAGCUCUACAUGCAUUGGAUGUGGAUAACUUUGACUCACACGCAACACUUAAAUCACAAGCUGAAGGUAUUGUAAAAAAAUGUGGUGGUUUGCCUUUAGCUUUAAAGGCAAUUGGAAGGUUAAUGAGAGCAAAAACCGAAGAAGAAGAAGAAUGGAAUGAUGUGUUGAACAGUGAGAUAUGGAAUUUAGAAAGCGCUGAUGAAAUUGUCCCAGCCCUUCGGCUAAGUUACCAUGAUCUUUCUACCGAUUUGAAGCGAUUGUUUGCUUAUUGCUCUUUGUUCCCUAAAGACAUUUUGUUUGAAAAAGAAGAGUUGGUAUUAUUAUGGGUGGCUGAAGGGUAUCUGAAUGAGUCAGAUGCAAACAAAUCACCAGAAGGCUUGGGCUAUGAAUGUUUCGAGAAAUUGCUAUCGAGGUCCUUUUUCCAACGUGCACCUAGUGGUGAACCCUUUUUUGUGAUGCAUGAUCUCAUGAACGACCUGGCCACAUUUGUUGCGGGAGAAUAUUUUUUAAGGUUUGAUAAUAAGAUGGAGAUGACGGAGGAAGCUUUAGCCAAGUACCGACAUAUGUCAUUUAUUCGUGAGGAGUAUGUAGGUUUCCAGAAGUUCGGGGCAUUUGAAAAGGCCAGAAGUUUGAGAACAUUGUUAGCGGUAUAUGUUGGGGUAGAUCAUUGGUGGAAGGAUUUUUACUUAUCCAGCAAGAUUUUGGUUGACUUACUUCCUGAGCUGCCGUUAUUAAGGGUUCUUUCUUUGAGGCGUUUUAACAUAAGUGAGGUACCAGAUCCGAUUUGUAGUUUGAAACACUUGAGGUAUCUUAAUUUGUCUGAAACAAGAAUCACAAAGUUACCAGAAAAUGUUGGUAAUCUUUAUAAUUUACAAACAUUGAUAGUUUUUGGUUGUGGGGGCUUAACUGCGUUGCCUAAAAGCUUCUUAAAGCUGAAAAAGUUAAGGCAUUUUGACAUCAGGAACACUCCACUUUUAGAGAAGCUACCCUUGGGGAUUGGUGAGUUGAGAAACCUUCAAACUCUCACCAAGAUUAUCAUUGGAGGCGAUGGUGAAUUUUCAAUAACCGAGCUUAAGGGAUUAAAGAAUCUCCAUGGAGAAAUUUCCAUCGAGGGGUUGAACAAAGUACAAAGCUCAAUGCAUGCACGAGAGGCAAACUUAUUAUUAAAAGGGAUUAAUAAGUUGGAGUUGAAAUGGGAUGAUGGUUCUAUAAGAGAAACACUUGAGAAGGAGGUUCUCAACGAGUUGAAGCCCAAUAGUGACAAGUUAGAAAUGCUUGUAGUUGAGUGUUACAAGGGAAUAGAGUUUCCAAAUUGGGUUGGGGAUUCGUCUUUUCGUCGACUGGUUCAAGUGUCGCUACGCGGUUGUAAAAAAUGUACAUCUCUACCGCCACUUGGGCGGCUACCUUCACUUAAGGAGUUGUUGAUUCAAGGAAUGAAUGAUGUUAAAGUCAUAAGUUUGGAGUUAAGUAGGAGUACUGAUGUUACCUUCCCUUCACUUGAAAUUCUAACGUUUGAAGAUAUGUCGAGUUGGGAGGUCUGGUCAACCAAUAGCGAGGUAAUGUUUCCAUGCCUUCAAGAUCUUCAAAUAACAAAAUGUCCCAAUUUGAUUGAUGUCUCACUUAAAGCAUUACCUUCGCUAAGAGUAUUGAAAAUAGAUGGAUGUGGUGAAAGUGUGCUGAGAAGUCUGGUUCAAGCAACUUCAUCAACCACUAUAUUGAAUAUAAGAUCAAUUUUAGGGCUUACGGAUGAGGUGUGGAGAGGUGUUAUAGAGUAUCUUGGGGCGGUUGAAGAACUAAGCAUACAACAUUGUGAUGAGAUAAGAUACCUGUGGGAAUCAGAUGCAGAGGCAAGUAAAGUUCUUGUAAAUUUAAAGGAAUUGAAGGUGUCGAAAUGUAAAAAAUUGGUGAGUAUAGGAGAGAAAGAGGAGGAUGAGGAUAACAUUGGGAGCAACCUCCUAUCAUCCCUUAGGAAGUUGGAGAUAGAGUCAUGUGAAAGUAUGGAGCGUUUGUGUUGUCCCAAUAGCAUUGAGAGUUUAGUUAUCGAAUUGUGUUGGUCAGUUAGAAAUGUCUCAUUCCCAAGAGCAACAACAACAGGUGGAGGAGGGCAGAAUCUCAAGUCACUUACUAUAAAUAUUUGUGGAAAUCUAGAAUCAAUAAAUCAAUUGAGUAACUCCACUCACCUCACCUCUUUGUCAAUAAGUUUCUGUAAAAACUUGGAGUUAUUUUCUGAUCUUCAUCAGCUAUCAAACCUCACCAGGUUGUAUAUAACAAGUUGUGAAAGCAUAGAGUCAUUUCCUAACCUCCAGCUUCCGAAUCUCACAAAUCUGGAGGUUAAUUUUUGCGAAAACAUGAAGGCAUUUGGUGACCUGCAGCUACCAAAUCUAAUCAGCUGGAGCAUGCAUGAAUGUGAAAAUCUGGAGUCAUUUCCUGACCUUCAACUAUCCAAUCUGACCAUGUUAAAAGAGAUGGAUAUCAGCAGAUGUCCAAUGCUUGAUGCUUCCUUCCCUCGUGGGCUUUGGCCUCCCAAUUUGGAUUCCCUUGUAAUAGGGGGGUUGAAAAAGCCCAUCUCAGAAUGGGGCAAUCAGAAUUUCCCACCUUCCCUUGUUUACCUAACAUUAUGUAGUGAACCCGAUGUGAGGAAUUUUAGUCAAUUGUCCCACCUUUUCCCUUCUUCUCUUACAUAUCUGGACAUAACUGGAUUUGAUAAUCUGGAAUCACUUUCAUGGGGACUCCAACACCUCACAUCCCUUCAACAUCUCUCAAUUUGGGAUUGCCCAAAGGUGAACGAUCUACCAGAGACACUGUUACCUUCACUUUUGAGUUUGAGUAUAAGUGAUUGCCCAAAAUUGAAAGAAAGGUGUGAAGGAAGAGGCUCCCACUACUGGCCCCGAAUCUCUCAUAUCCCCUGCAUCGACAUAAGGAUUGUGGAUGGGGUCUAAAUUGAAAGAAAGGUGUGAAGGAAGAGGCUCCCACUACUGGCCCCGAAUCUCUCAUAUUCCCUGCAUCGAAAUUGAAGACUAAUUGAAAGAAAGGCAAUCUAGGCUGUAUUGUGAACUCUAAAGUGUGAUAAGGAAUUAACGGAGAUUGAAGACCAAGAUUAUCACACCAGAGGCUAAGUUAGAGUAAAAGGGUCAAAGUGGCUGAUGAGUUUCCAGACGAAGACUAAACAAAUGAACAAGGGACAAGAUGAGUUCUAUUGAAGAAAGAAGACAUCCUACCAAGGUUUCUACAUAUCAACAACACACAUCCAAAGUCACAGAUGUUGAAGAAUUUGCAAAUAGUACGAGUGAAGAAAGCCUAGAAAAGAUGCAGUGUCUUCAUGCAGACAUUAAAAGGUGGAAGGUAACAAAUGAUGCUUAAUCUUUACGUUGAUGGUGAUAUGGAGUUGAUCCAUGAUUUACCAGACUCGUAUUUGGAGCAACUGGACACACACAAGUGAGCUAGAAAAUGGUUUAAAACUGAAAAGGGCAUAACUUUCAUCACAUGUGGAGUUAUACGUCUCAACGAACCACGCGCUUAGACAAAUGCAAUAGACGAAGCACGACUCACGGGACCCAAUUUCGCCAUCUAGAGCUCCGAUUUUGAACUCAAGGUUGUUAACUUGGAGGGAGCCUUAUAUUGACAAGAGGUUCACAAUGAAGAAGACUUGCCACUAAUAAGAUUUUGUUGCUAAUGAAGAAGACUUGCCACUGAAGGAACCCCUAGAGCUUGCGUAUGGUCGCUCAUGGGCUAUGGUACCUCUUAUGGUAACUUAUAACUGAUGAAGAAUCAGUGGAACUUGCGUCUGAUGGCGAUGAAACAAUGAAGAUUGAUAAAAGGAACUUCCCACCAAUCUGGUGAAGAUUGAUAAAGAUUUCUCGUUGAGGAACAAGAGAUGCCACAUGUCAGUCUAUCGUCGGAUUAAGACAGUCGGUUAAGAAGAUCUUAUAUGUAAUUAUCACUUAUGUAAAUCUCAACAAGAUUAAGAAUACACGAGUCCGCAUUGAAUUUUAUGCCACUUGACCCCAUAGCUUCUUGGGUCAAGCAGUUAAGUGUGAA